AUGGCACGCCGGGAAGAGAAGCAACAGCGGAAACGAUGUUUGGCCAUUAUAUCGCGUGGAGUCUGCGCAGAUGUCGUUACAUCCCACGGCCAUGGUCCGGCAUAUAUUGUUGUUUUAUUCUUUCUUUCCAUUCUAUUCUGCAAUGUUCCUAUCUAUCUAUCUAUCUAUCUAUCUAUCUAUCUAUCUAUCUAUCUAUCUCAUUCAUAUCUAUCUGUCUAUCACAGUCUGUCCAUAUCUAUCUAUCUAUCUCAGUCUUUUUAUAUCUAUCUAUCUAUCUAUCUAUCUAUCUAUCUAUCUAUCUAUCUAUCUAUCUAUCUAUCUAUCUAUCCCAAUCUGUUCAUAUCUAUCUAUUACAGUCUGUCCAUAUCUAGCUAUCUAGCUAUCUAUCUCAGUCUGUUCAUAUCUAUCUAUCUAUCUAUCUAUCUAUCUAUCUAUCUAUCUAUCUAUCUAUCUAUCUAUCUAUCUAUCUGUCCGUCAAUACAUCUACGUGUCUAUAUAUCUAUUUACCACUGGGUGUCCAUAUCCAUCUAUGUCAUUUCAUCUAUCUUUGUCUAUCUACCUUUGAAUCAAUUUACCUACUACUUGUUUCUUCCUGUCUACUCCACGCCCGCCAUUUUCUUUCCAUAUCGAUUGCAUCAAUACCAUCGCUACGUGUUCGGCGUCCUCUCCUUUAACGACUGUCUCCAUCUCUAA